GGGCAGCGGCGGCUCCGGGCGGCUCCGGGCGGCGCUGCCCGGCGCCGGGGAUGCACCCGAACGCCACGGCCCCGGCCGUGCCGCUGCACCCGCACCCCAGCGCCUAUGCCAACGCGUCCAACCGCUCCGACCUGCUCCCCAAAGUGCCCGACGAGGAGGACCUGGACGUCAACACCGACAUCUACUCCAAAGUGAUGGUGACCGUCAUCUACUUGGCUCUUUUCUUGGUGGGCACCGUGGGCAACUCCAUCACGGCGUACACGCUGGUGCGGAAGAAGUCGCUGCAGAACCUGCAGAGCACCGUGCACUACCACCUGGCCAGCCUCGCCUUCUCCGACCUCCUCAUCUUCCUCCUCUGCAUGCCCAUCGAGCUCUACAACUUCAUCUGGGUCCAUCACCCCUGGGCUUUCGGGGGAGCCGUUUGCAAGGGCUACUACUUCCUCCGGGACGCCUGCACCUAUGCCACGGCGCUCAACAUCGCCAGCCUCAGCGUGGAGCGCUACAUGGCCAUCUGCCACCCCUUCAAAGCCAAGAGCAUCAUGUCCCGCAGCCGCACCAAGAAGUUCAUCAGCUGCAUCUGGAUCGCCUCCUUCCUGCUCGCCAUCCCCAUGAUCUUCACCAUGGGGCAGAUCUACGUCAAGGACCAGGAUCCCGACUCCCUCAUCUGCACCGCCAUCGUGGACACCUCCACGCUGAAGACGGUCAUCCAGGUCAACACCUUCAUCUCCUUCGUGUUCCCCAUGGUCGUCAUUUCCGUGCUCAACACCAUCAUCGCCAACCAGCUGCUGGUGAUGUUCAAGCAGGCGGCCCAGGAGAACCAGGUGUGCACCAUUGGUGGCCAGCAGACCAUGCUCAGCAUGUCCAUGGAGCCCAGCAGGGUGCAAGCCCUGAAGCACGGCGUGAGGGUCCUGCGUGCUGUGGUGAUUGCCUUCGUGGUCUGCUGGCUCCCUUACCACAUUCGGCGUCUCAUGUUCUGCUACGUCCCCUCCAGCCACUGGACAGAUUUCCUUUACAACUUCUACCACUACUUCUACAUGCUGACAAACGUCCUCUUCUACGUCAGCUCAGCAAUCAACCCCAUCCUCUACAACCUGGUGUCGGCAAACUUCCGCCAGAUCUUCCUCUCCACGCUCACCAUCCUGUGCCUGCCAUGGAGGAAGAAGAAGAAACGACUGGCCUUCACCAGGAAAUCCAACAGCAUCUCCAGCAACCACACAUUCUCCAGCCAGGUCACAAGGGAAACCACGUACUGAAGCCAAAGGUGGAGGAGGAAUGCAAUUCAUCGUGGAGUCAAAACUUGAGAGAGGCCUCUGUGACUUUCAUGCAUGGUCUCCAAAUUCACGUAACACAAAUGUGUUUAGCAAAGUCAUUUUUGUUGGAAAAAAUAGGCUUUGUUCUGCCAGUAACUUUGAGGUUAUUUUCGAGCAUUGGCCUUGCCUCUUGUGAGUAAUGUCUACAUGUAUUGUAACUUCAGUCUGGCA